AUGGAUGAAGCAGUAGUUCUUAAAAAUAACCCUGUUAACCGUUCAGUACUUUUGGAUUCACACCACACAUCCCUUAACAAUUCUAGUUGUUCGACACCAAUUAUUCUUAGUAACGAAGCUGCCAUUACUAAACAUUGGACAUCUAGUUAUCCUGAUCGCUGGAAGUCUGUAGACGAUCCUGGCCCACUAGGGCGUCUUGUGGUUCUUAAUCUCAAUGAAACGGAUAGUAGUAACAAAAAUGAAUAUUUAUUUGAUGGAACAGCCGAAAAUUUUGCGGUUGGCUCUUUACACACUGAACAACGAACCUGUUCUGUCAUGUAG